CAUUGAUUUUGAUCGAGUUGUCAGUGCUUGGCUUUCAGCUUUUACUUUAAACUAAUUCAAUUUUCACUUGUGUCGGUCACGAAGUUAAACCAAUUUGCAAGCGAGAGCAGGCAAACAAAAAUAAAAAAUUAAGCCAAAGCAACAGUUUCGAUUCAAUAUAAUUUUACAACCGAAAAGUUACUCAGUUUGUUGCAUGCAACAAUGCAGCAAGGCAUGCGGAGACGCAAGUCACAAAACUCUGCGCAUGACACAGCCACCACGCCCACAUAAAAGCCAAUUAGCUGCGCCCUAAAUGAUGCCCGAAACUGAACGCGAUUCGUUGGUAGCAGCAGAAAUGAUCAGCGGCGCCUUGGCGCAUGGUUAUGGCAUAGUCGUCGACAAACAGCAACAACAUCAGCAACAGCAGCAGCAACAACAGCAACUGCAGUUACAACAAAAGCAGCUGCAUUCAGAUUCAAUUCACACCGUCGGCGGCGGCGCAUCAGCCACGGCUUACAAUAUGGCCAUCAAUUCCUAUGUCUACAGCAGCUCAUUGACCAUACCGCCCUCGGCGGCAUCAAUGGUCAGUCCCAGCAGCAGGGAGAAGCUGGUUAAUAUGCCACGCAUGCGCGAUAACAACAACAGCAAUGGCAGUAACAGUGUCAGUCCCAUCUCCGCUGCCAGUUCACCCACAACGUUUCUACAGAAGCAGCUGGAGGCACCACCCAGUCGUCAAACGGCUCCCCGAGAACAGCAACAGCAGCAGCAGCAGCAGCGACGCUCCAUAACACCCUUUCCCACCAACUUAGCCACGUCGACAUCCAGCCAUACAGCUAGCUGGCAUGCUCAUGUAUAUGCGCGUCCGCCCAAUCGACCCACACCCCACUCUAUUGCGGACAUACUGGGCAUGGCCAUGGCCGAUAAACUUGUGUACGAGGGCGCUGCAGCAGACGCUGCGGCUGCAGCCGCAUCUACAGUCACCGCCAACAGUUCGGCCACUUCACCAAAGAGCAUUCUGCGCAACAUUGAGCAGCAGUACGCGCAGCAGCCCCAGGAGCAGGAACAGCGCACACAUCGCAGCGCUUCAAUGAGCGAUGUCAGCGAGGAGGAAAGCGCAGUCAACGUCAACUCCACAGCAGCGGCGGCAGCAGCAGCAGCAACUGUCACAGAGACAGCCCCGCUCGAUCAGCCACUGAAUCUGUGUGUGGCCAAAAAGUCGCGCGACAGCAACACCUCGUCACCCAUGCCGGCGGCCAGGCAAACCCAACUGUUGGGAAAGACAAGCGCCAAGAAGGAGCACUCGGGCAAGCCGGCAUCGAAGAAGAAGAAACUGUCGGUCGAUCUGCCGCCAGCCAUUAGUCCCACGGGCAGCAGCGACAGUUUAAUGCGGGAUAAGCUGCUGGCUAAUAACAGUUCGCCGAACAGCACAGCCCAUGCCGCCCAGCCGCAGAGCAACAAUAGCAACCUGGAGACUACCGAGGAUGACUCCGACUCAGGCUCGACAGAUGCGCGUCGCAAGAAGAAGGCACGAACUACCUUUACGGGCCGCCAAAUUUUCGAACUGGAAAAGCAGUUCGAGAUUAAGAAGUAUCUCAGCUCCAGCGAACGCACCGAAAUGGCCAAGCUACUGAUGGUCACCGAAACGCAGGUAAAAAUAUGGUUUCAAAAUCGACGCACAAAAUGGAAGAAGCAGGAUAAUGUCACAAAUAACGAAGCUGCCGAGCACAAAUCGUCCAAGCCCACAACCGCGGAGCAGCAGUCCAAAAACAAUAGCAGCAGCAACAACAAUAACAAUGGCUCUGCUGAGGAUGGCUCCCAGCCAACGUCUAUCACGGCCAGCAAUGUGGAUGCUACACCAAAAAAGACGUCCAACGGCCAUGGGGACAAGUCACGCGGCAACAACAACAACAGCAGCAGCAGCAACAACAACAACAACGCAUCAACACCAGCCAAAGGCGGCAACGGUAAUAAUGGUGACAGCAAAUUGCAGUCAAAGAACACGACGACCAAAAUUAAAAGCAAGAAUGCGUUGCUGGAGAAGAUCGGAAAAGCCGCAAGCAGCCCAGCACCAAAUGGAGCUAGCGCUAACGCCAGCGAUUCGGCGGCGAUUGCUGGCAACAACAAUAACAACAAUAGCAACAACAACAACAAAACAGCUGAAAAGCGCCAUGCCAGCAACAACAAUAAUAACAUUGGUGAGACAUUUCAUCACCAUCGGCUGCACCAGCACGCUAUACCGCUAACGGUGGAGCCUGCGGCACCUUUGGAGCAGACUGAAAAGCUGGACAUAAAGCUGGAGGAGUCGCCAGCGCUGAGUCUGCAACGCGCAGCUGUUGCAGCUGCAGCUGCGCAGGAAAACGGACGCAGUUCCCCGUCAAAAGCGUUACUGGCUGAAAUGGACUUUGAGAGCAAGCUAUCUGCCUCAAAGAUAUCCAUUGCAGUGCCCAUGGUCAACACGAAGCAGCUGCCAAGUGAAUCGGCCAAAAUCGAAAGUGAAUCGGAGGAUGAGGAGACAGCCAGCGAGCCGGGCACCUCCACAGAGGCACAAGAUUCGCAGGAUAACGAUAUGCAAAUGGGUUAGACUUCAAUGCACACAGCCAGGCCCUAAUCCCAAAACCUACACCUAGCCAGUCAAAUUAACUUGUGCCAAAAAAGUCGAAUAUUGCUCAAGCACACGGCCAGCUUUCAUUCAAGAUUUGUUUAUAUUUUGCAAUGAUAAAUGAUGUGUGUGCUUGUUAGUUUAAGGCAUUUACGCAUAUUUAUGUAAUUUAUUGAAUGUAUGUAUGUACUUGUAUGCUUAAGCACUAAUCUUAAGUAUAGGCUUUGUAAAUGUUGCCAUUAGAAACGCAUUUAAAUGUUUAAUGUGCUGUUUUAAAAAUAAAUCCAAACAAAAAACAAAAACAAUAUUGUAAUUGUAAUUUUAACUUUCGAAAAUUUCAUGUGAUAAAGUAUACGAAAGGGUAGAGUGAAAGGAAGCGCGUCAAUAACAGCAAAAACAACAGACAACAACAAUUGGUGAAUUCAUGUUAAUUACAAAUUUAAUUUAACUACACUAACUAUUAACUACAAGUGUUUAAGCAGAAACAGUCCUAAGUGUAAAUUGCUACUACAUAUGGAAAUUAAAAGAAAAA